AUGCCCGCGACGAAGCGUAAGCAAUACCAUAUAUCCGACAACACUCAUCGCUGACUUCCAGCAGGACAGUGCGACGGCGCAACCGGAGUUGCCUUCGCGAAGAAGCAACGCCUUUGCGAUGAGGCCGCCUUGACAGAAGAUGAGCUGGAAUCCAUGACCAAUCAGGAGCUCAUCGAAAUAGUCAUUAUCCUCCAAAAGGCCCUCCACGAACUUCAAGAGAAGAACACGAAAGCGCUUGCCGAAUCAUCCGGCAACGCAGCCAAGGCUGCCGCCGAUAUCUGGACGCCCGAAAAGGUUGCGGAGCGUGCUGCCAAAGCCAGAGACAUCUGCCGCAAGGAGAUCAAGAAGCAAAUGAAAUGGCAGCCUUCAUGCAAGAGAGGUAGCACCAAGUGGAGCUACCAGGGCAUCGUGCCGAACGUCGAGGUCUUCAACAAGAUGUUCAACAUCGACGAGAAGGCGAAAGCGUUCAAGCUGAAGAAGAUUCCUCGUGAUGACUUUGGAGGCAUGUUCGGAUACAUUUCGGCCUCGGUGAGUGCUGAGUUCCUCUUCAUUGAUGUUACAUUGCAGACUGACGUCCUUCUCAGUGCCGAUACGACGAUCUGAACAUCACUGGCGAGAAUGUCAACCUGAAAUGGAACAAGGAAGAACUGACCUUUCAGUUGUCUGGCACCUACGGAAUUGGUUUUUGA